GAAAAGGAACAGAAAAAAAUAAAAAAUAAAAAAAAGCAAAUAGGGGUGCCAGCUGUGAGAUGAUCGCCAUCGUCUCGUAUAUGGGUCCACAGUUUUAGGGUUUGCAGAGUUCCAAUUACUCCAUUUUUAUUUCAUCAUUUUCGAUCCAUAAUUGAUCUCCAACACGAUUUUCUAUUUCAUUGUUCUUUCCUUUCUGCAAAUUCCGAAAUCUGAAGUUCGAGUCACCUGUUAAAUUCAUUUCAGAGGAUUACUUUCCAUCUUGCGCAUAUCAAGUAUGCAGGCAUCGCGGGCAAGGCUAUUCAAGGAGUACAAAGAGGUGCAACGAGAGAAGACAGCUGAUCCUGAUAUUCAACUGGUCUGUGAUGAUUCUAACAUUUUUAAAUGGACAGCUCUUAUCAAGGGACCUUCAGAAACUCCUUAUGAAGGGGGUGUCUUCCAACUUGCAUUUUCUGUUCCAGAGCAGUAUCCUCUGCAACCACCUCAAGUCCGUUUUUUGACUAAAAUAUUUCACCCGAAUGUUCAUUUUAAGACAGGAGAGAUUUGCCUAGAUAUCUUGAAAAAUGCUUGGAGCCCUGCUUGGACUCUGCAGUCUGUCUGUAGGGCUAUAAUUGCUUUGAUGGCUCAUCCAGAACCUGACAGCCCACUGAAUUGUGAUUCAGGUAAUCUUCUGCGUUCAGGUGAUGUUAGAGGUUACCAGUCUAUGGCAAGAAUGUACACUAGGCUGGCAGCAAUGCCAAAGAAAGGGUGAUUAGUUUCUGAUAACUUCUGUCCUAUGUUUAUCUAGGUAACAAGUUAGCAAUUGAUAUAGCAGUUCUUUGUUCUAAUCUUAAUUUGUUUAAAGUGUAUACAUUUUAUUUAAGACAUGAAUUUCAUUGUUUUGUGAUAUGUAUUAAAGUGGUGACUUGUACAGAGUGUCCAUGUGAUUUUAUGUAUCUUGGCUUAGGCCAGAAUUGAGCUCAACAACCAACAUGUUUGAAUAAUCCUUGAUUGCUUCCAGUUUUAUGAAAGCCAUAUUUCAAGGUGGACA